AGAUGACUCCAGCUUUGGGCAAAGCCACAGUACAGCAGAUUUCCAGAUACUACAGCGACCUACAUUUCAGUUGUUCUAACUAUGUUAGAGUUAAACACCUUCCAAACUUUCGUCCACCAAACAACCUAUCACAAAGCUACGACAUAUAGAUUGUAAAUCUUGUUGGUUUUAUCUAACUAUAUUAGAGUUAAACACCUUCCAAACUUUCGUCCACCAAACAAACUAUCACAAAGCUACGACAUAUAGAUUGUAAAUCUUGUUGGUUUUAUUCCUCAAAUUCCAUUUCUACAUAUACAGUACAUAAUAUUGAAUUAUUACCUAUAGAUGUAAUUCCCGCUCCAAAGAACGUGAAGAUGACCAGUAUUUCGGCAAAUUUUGCCAUUGUCCAAUGGAGUGUAAUUGAACGACAAGAAGAAAAAUACGAUAGAGUAACUGGCUAUAUAGUCACUGUUAUAAACGAGACAUAUUUCUUUACUAUCAAAGUAUCAAAUAGCAGUUCGUCCGUUUCUAUAAACCAUCUUUUGUCGAAUACGAGCUACAGAGUUUCAGUCGUCGGGCUCAGCGAAGAAACUGUAGGAAUGCCAAGUGAAUGGAUAAGUUUCAAAACAAGUUUAACUCAGGGUAAGUUUGAGCGGUAAUUUAUUUCUUGUUCUAUAAGUUCAAAUUGUUUACUAUACACUUGGCUCCCAAUCGACCAGGUGUUUGUUAUUAAAAAAACUUUGUCUCUUGCGAAAAAUUAUCAAUGGUCAAGCUCCAGAAUAUCUAACAACGAAAUUAGCAACUUUCCGAUUCCAAAGUCAAUACAGUUUGAGAACAAAAAUUGAGUAUCGUCUUCCGAAGCCUAAAACCAAUCAACUGCAAAGAACAUUUUUCUAUUCAACAUUAAAACAUUGGAAUACAUUGGGUGAAGAGAAGAAUAGUACAUUUAAAGUCACAUUUAAAGUACAUUUAAAGUAAUGAAUUCGAAGUUGCACCAUAUCCUCUUUUCCAAAUACACAGUUGACAAUUUCAAAGUUCAAAGAUUAUAUUAACUCAUAUAUAAAUUUAUUAUUUUAUUAAUAGUGUGUUUUAUAAACUUUUUAUUUUUAUUUACAAGUACAUAAUUUUCUUUACAAUAACAUAUUGCUGUAUUUAUUUUGAGGGCCACUAGGGAGAAUAGGCUACGUUUUGUAAUUGGUGUUACCCUAUUUAAACAAAGUUUAUAUUGUAUUGUACAAUGUGACUGAUAUAGCAACCUGAUCACUGACUAUAGUUCAUAUCAGAUUAACACACAUAUUUAAUGCAAAUUGGUUAUUUCAGUGCUUUACAAGCCCACUGUCUCCCACAGCUAUCUUCUAUUUUCCUCUUUUCUCCCCAACCACACAAAAAUGUCGUUCUAUUCUCUCAGUUCCUCCGUCUUCGCUGCAUUUGCAACAAAUAUCAUGACCUCCUAGCUAAGCGUAUUGCAAUUGAGGGAAUUAUCCCACUUGCCUAUUCGAACGCCUUCCAAAUUCCCAAUCUGAGACUGUCAAACGUCUUCCAUUUUCUCCGAUAACCCGACAGUCUCUUUUCGACUCAGCAAAUAUACCUGUGAACGUUAAAUCCCAGUUCGUUGCUCACUAGCACAUGAUUUGCAUGUUUCCAUGACAAGAAAAAUCUUGUGAGUUUGUAGAUUCCCCAAGCUACUACCAUUUCGGCACCUACAGUAACUCUAAGUACGACAUCAAGCACCAUUUGUCCUCCCAUAUCUCAUCCGCUUGCUUUAUAUCGUUGUAACUGUAAGACUUGAACAUCGGGCUGCUGUCGUUGGUAACGAUGCUAACCAAUCUGUCGCCAGACAUUUUAAUAGUGGACAUUGCAGUGUUUCAACCAUAACAUUGUGACACCCACCUAUCCUGCUUAGAUUUUUUUGCAACGGCCCUGGGUUCUCAGACCAAGGCUUUAAUGACUGUAUUUGAAGUCUAUACAAAUCAUUCCUCUCUAAAAGUACACCAAAUAUUACACUCGUUUUAGCAGAUAAUGCAGUACCACAAAUAUCACUCAUUGCCUCCAGCAGGGCUAGAAUUGGAUCUGUGUCCUAAUAUAGCACAUGUAUUAGACAUGAUUCAUCUUUGUCAGUUCCUAAAUGCAUUGUUAAUUUCCAUGUAGAUCGUCUCGGUCAAUUUCCAUGUAAUGAUCAAGGAAAAAGUAAUGAAACCAAGGAAGAAUCGAGCUUGAGUUUGGCAAUUGUUAUUCUACUCAUCGCCAUUAUUCUGAUCGCAAUAAUUGCGUCGGCUGCCUUUGCAUUCUUUCAAUUGCGCAGACGAAAAUCACAGGAUAUUUCACCAAACCAGGUAAUAAAUAUUUGAAAUAAUUGAUGUCUAUAUUGUGUAAAAGUCGCGUGGCGCCAGCCGUAAAAUCUGCUGCCAGAUGUGCUAUCAUCUAUUAUUUAUUUAUUCUUUAAUUCGCCCAAUAAUAGCCACGUCACAAUCACGGCAAAAUUAUGUGGACUCUUGGUGUAAACAAAAUUAUAACUGUUCAUGAUCACAUAUUUGUGUCUUUGUGUCCCUGCUCCCCCGUGUCCAAUAUCGGUUGUGGUAUUGUAUUUCAAAAAGCUUUCCAAGUCAAUCAAAUUAAUAGCUUCCAACAUUGAACGAGGGGAGGGGGAAGCUGAAUAUUGCUGUUUUGUAAGGAUUUUUAAGAGCAGGACAAGUAUUUUUAUACACACACGCGCUGUCUACAAUAAUUUUCGCAAAGAUUGUAGAUAUGGCGAAUUACUAAAGGAAGUUGGAAAUGGAUCAAGUUGCUAAAAAUAUGUACAAAAUUCUGCGUUUAUUUCAUCUAACACUGAACCUAUAGCGUAAUUAGGUUCGCAAAACUUUCAAAUAUUGAAAAAUCCAAAUAUUAUGGAAGUUUACAAUUAUAACAGAACAAGCUUACACAGAUGAAGGAGGAAGUGUAAAAUUGCAAUUACUGACAAAAGCAGAAAACAAUUAGUUAUUUAGAUUGAGAUGCCCAAAAACCUUGUAUUUAUACCCAUACACCGUACCCUGGCAUCAUCUUAGUAUUUAUACAUCAACAUUCAACUUGCGGGUAGGGCUCGACAUGCACUGUAUCCCUGUAACUCAGGCUAUAACGCGCUAUAGGCCUACCGGUAUAGCAGGGCAGCAGGUUUGAUUCCUGUCAGAAGACCGAAAGUUGCACUUUUGCAACUGCGUGCUCUUGUAAAUGUAUAAAAUUUCUACUCGAAGUUUCCGUUUACAAAUCUGUGCGGCGCCCGAAAAUCCUGGGGCCGGUUGCAUAAAACUCUUAAUCACUUUUUUAAUCACUAUUUUGUAGUUAAAUAGUGAUUAACUCUCAAAUAGGCGCUUCUUAUUGGAUGAAAUUUCCACUUAACCAUAGUUAAUUUUAAUCACUUUUUUAUACAACCGGCGCCAGAUAGUUACCCAGUUUCAACAAGGGCAUAGAACCUGAAAUAGUUCGUUAUAGUUCGGAUAUGUCAGACCAACCUACGUUUUGGUCAAACAUGGUUGAACACAACAGGAUUGAAACAAUUAAAAGGCAUAUGUAGUUGUACGGGACAUUACUCUGUCAUUAUUACACUUGCAUAUUUUUAAGAGAAAAAGGGGCAAAUUAUGCGCCCGGUUAUAAUAUCGGUUUAAAGUAAUUCGCAGAUGGAAAUAUCAGUCUUUUGCGCGAUUUAUGUCCGAUAUAGCGACUGUUAUUUUGGAAUACUGAUUGAAAUAUCUUUAAACAAAAUCGAUAGAGCAAAUUUUGCUUCCUUACAGCUGAUUUCCUCAAGCGACGUUUCUGUUAACAUGGUCAGUAGUGUGCCAACGAAUUUAAAUAAAUUAAUGAAUUUUUAAAUAAAAUUGUGCCUUUGGAAUCAAAUAGUGUAUAGAUUCAGAAACUGAUUUGAUCAAACAUUUCCUGGAAUACUCGAAGAGGAAGCUUCACAUAUAAAAGUAUUCUAAUUACGAAGCCAUACAAUAACUAAUUUAAUAUCUAACAUAUUGAAAAUAAAAUUCUCGAUUCUGAUCAGCUAAAAGGUGUGUUUUUGUAGCUAUCUAUCGUAAACAGUGCCAAAAAAAUGAAGUGCCAAAAAAAGAAAAUUAAUGCAGCCGUGCCAAAAUGAAGUACGUGGUAAUCGCAGGAACAAAGUUUGAUUCCUCUCAGAGGCUUAUAUACUAGUUGCAUUUUCAGAACUGCUCCUGUCUAAGUCUAAUAAUUGUGUAAAAAUCACACUCGAAAUUUCCAUCCAUAUUAAAAAUUGUCUACAUCAAAUUCUUGCAGGUAGUGAUGGAUAAUCCCAAAAAAUAUCAUAACGAUGGUGCGUCGAAUGAUGCGGAAGGUUCAGUAAAAGUUAUAAGAUAUGGACAUUUUUCUUGGUAGCUAUACCUGAAAUUGAAAGAAUCAAUUAAAAUUUGGAGAAUAACAGAUUAUAUAGAUUAUUGCUUUAUGGUUUAUGGAUUUUUUAACGUGCACUUCUUAGACAAAUGUGAAGUCACCAAUCUAUCGAAAAUAUAACCUUAAAAAUAUGUUUGUUUUGUGGAUGCUCAAAAAUUGCAGAAAUGCAGUCAUUGAGCAGCAUUGUAUUUGAUAAUGUUAAUUGCACUCAUGAGUGGAGUGCAAAUUGAUCUGAAGUCAAAAACGUGAUUACAAAAUUACACAACCGCGAAGCGAGAGUGCAUGCGAUUUGUAAUCACAAUUUUGAUUUCAGACCAAAAUUGCAUGACACCAAGUGCAAUUACCACUUUAUUAUAUUCAUUUUGAAAUUUAUUCACAAUUUUUUAAAACGAAUAACACCCUCUGAUAUUUUCUAAAUGCCGUAGCGUAGGGGUCACCGAACUCAUUUUUUGGCUAUUUAGUGUUACCAUUAUUCGUUAUGGUUGUCAUGGAAACACGACUUUUGCGACACGCCUUACUAUGUGUUGCAAUUAUAAGUAAAACUUAACCCUGUAAAAGCAUUUAAACAGAAAAUAUUCAACUUUUGCUCCUUUGGCUAAAAAGUAUAUUGAGCCACCUUAAGCUUGCUAUUCUCUAUAAACGGCACCAAGAUGCAAACGGUAUAUAAGAAUGUGCAUGCACCCGCUAGUAAAUUACUAGCGGGUGUAUACACAUUCUUAUAUACCGUUUGCAUAUUGGUGCCGUUUAUAGACAAUGGCGAGCUUAAGAUGCACCAAAUCUACGACGCGUUCGUGGACAGUAGUACUCGGAGGGCGAGCGGGCGCAAACAGUUUCUCAAAUUUCAUGUAUUUGGACUAUUUGGUCAUGAAACUUGAAAGAGCCUGAACAUAUUUCCUGGAGUUAAAUAAAAGAGGAGAUGGUUAACAAUGUUUUUUAUAUGUUUUUUGUGUUUUUUUCCCUAAAUUAAUAAAACAUGAAUGGAUUCCAGAACGACCUGGGCUCUGGAUUCCGGAUUCCUGAGUUAUUUGGAUUCCGGAUUCCACUGUCUGGAUUCCGGAUUCCAAGACUCUGGAUUCCGGAUUCCUAAACCAACAAAAAGUCGGAUUCCGGAUUAUCUCACAAGGGGCGAAGCGUAGUAAGAAGCGAGGAAGUUGAACUUUCUUUUAAAUCUCGAAAAGUUUUACCAGCAAAAAAUGAAGAAAUUUAUGGAUACUGUGAAGACUAAAUAACAACCAAUAUAAGUUUAAACAUACCGCAGGUUUUAGUAGCAACUUGAUCGGGGUUUAGUGGGAUUUUGUUCAUUCAAACAUCAACACAUUUUAUAUGAGGUAUACUAAUUACCUUGUUUAUAGUUGUUUGCCUCUCGCUUUAUUAAGUUGCUUUUUGUUGGUAGUUUCGCCAUGUUACACAAAGAUUCUGCUCCUAAUAUGCCCAUAAUUAUUUGUUAAUUGUUAACAAUUUAAGCUAUACUUUAUCUAUUUUUAUAUGCAAAAAAUUAGCCAUACAACAUGGCAAUAUUCUGAUUUGUUUAUUUUGCUCAAUUUGCCAGAUCAUAUUUUUCUUAAUAUUGACUGACUAAGUUACUUUCAACACUUUCCUUUGAUUGGCUAGCUAAGGUCACCACUUCGAUUAGGCCUACAACUCAUGAUACGAUUAGGCCUACAACUCAUGCUGAUGCGUGCAAAACUCAAUAUAGUGCAAAUUUCAGCUCUAAAAUAGUGCGAUUGUGGCUGUAAUCGUACUAUUUUUAGCCGAUUAGUUUACCCAAAUCGCGCAUGAUUUCAAAAUGAAUAUGUUAAAAUGAGUUAUUUAUACGAUUAGUAACCAGAGACAUUAACAUAUUAUACAGACACUGUAAUGUUAAAGGAUUUGCCUGAACUAUUAUUAUACUGAGGGAAGACAAACUGUUAGGGUUAUUUGUAGUAACCACUGGUCUGUGGAAUAUUCUACUUUUGCGUACCAAUAAAUAAAUUAAAGAACGAUCGAUUAAGUCUUUUAAAUAAAUCUUGUGAGUUUUUAAUGAACAA